AUGUACUCCCGCACCACUACCCUGUUGAGCAGAAGCUGCCGGUAUCUUCUCCGCACCCCCGUCCAUCACAAAUCGCCGUUCUCGAUUUCCGCGCGCUCCUUUGCGGCAGUCAACGCAGCCAUGGCCGAUACUUCGGGCGUUACGGCCGAGUCGCUGAAGAGCAAAUUGAUCGAUCAGUUGCAGGCGCAGCAUGUUGAGAUUGAAGACUUGUCGGGUGGUUGCGGACAGGCUUUCCAGGCCGUCAUUGUCUCCCCCCAGUUCGAGAAGAAGACCAUGCUUGCUCGCCAUCGCCUGGUGAACUCGGCCCUCAAGGCUGAGAUCGCUGCCAUCCACGCCUGGACGCCCAAAUGCUACACUCCCGAGCAGUGGCAGGCGCUGCACCAGGGCUAA